UGUAAGAAAAUGGAAGAAGGAAGUAAUCCGCCACCUUCGUUUGGAAGCGGUCAACAGCGACCUCAGCAUCCCAGACCGUUUUUCUACGUCCAGCCUCCUUCACAACCUUAUUAUUUCUACCAGCACUGGCAGCUCAACAACCCAUACGCCCCCUACGGUCUGCCUGGAGGUUUUAACAUUGGUCGUCCCUGUGUACACCCAUACCAGUUGAUGCAGUAUCCUGGGUUUGUUUUCCCACAUGCCCCACUAUAUCCGAUGGAUUACAGGCGAAUGUUUGAACCUCGUUUCCACUCUCCUACCUGGAAUGAAAACCCUCGACAGCAGCAUCACUCCCAGGCUCAAGGGCGUCCAGAGAUGGCUUGCUCAGAGGCUCAAACUGACCCGAGUGAUGCCAUAACCAAGCUCAUCCAAUGCCUCAAUAAAAUUAGAGUAGGUGAGCUUCAAGGCAUGGAGAGGGAGCUGGACUCAGGUGUUGCCUCCCAAUCCUCGGAAAUGAUUUCUCCAGAAGAGAAGAAAAGUGAAGAACAGAGCGUGGCUCACAUCUUGCCUUCAUUGUCUGAGGACAGCCACUUGGAAUCCUCAGCUGUGACGUUCAGUGGUUCCACAACAGCGGUGUAUGACGGUGAGUCCAGCCAAAGGAGUUUGGAGGCUCUUAGCUCUCAUGAGUGUUGGUCAGGAGGAUUUGAUGAGGUGUUGCCCCUCGACAGCUCUUCUGUUCAUGAAGAGUGUCCUGGUAUUGAACAAGCAGGGUAUGAACAGUUCCUUCCUUGCUGCUCUCCUGAGAAAGCUGAUGCCAUGGAUAUCCAGCCAGAUAUCUCUGUAAUAGAAUCCAGUGUUGCCAAAUGUAGCACGGAGCUCAGGAAGCAGAGGCUGGAUCCUUUCCUGUCAACACAGUCAUUGGUGCCUUCAUUACCCUGCAGUCAAACAGACAAGGAUGACAAAACUGGGGUGCAAAGCCUAAGGACAGAACAUCAAGAGGCAUCCUGGGAUGAAGUGAGCACAGAUCCCUGUUAUCAGAUCCUCAAGCUGCCUUUUGAGUGUAUUCUGACAGCUGGAGCUUCCCAAGCUGGUGGGCUUUCUUCUCCAACAGCUCCUUACUGUUACAGCUGUCUGCCCAUGCAGACUACUCACGAGCGGCUGAGUGUUCUUAGUCCGUCUCUGGAUGAACUUUCUUCCAGAGAUGAAAUGUUCUCCACUGAUCUGGAAGACAUGGAUUUCUUCCCAAAACAUGUGUAUGCAGGCCGGAGGCUUGCAGAGGAUGCCGGCAGGUCCCCUCAACCUACUGAGGAGGUUGAAGUGUGGCCAGUAGGUUCAAAGAGGUUCAUGUGCGCCUGCUGUGGGAAAAACUUGUCGAAAGGGCCCAGUCGCAUUAAAGUGCACAACACGAAGGUGUACAGGAAUGAAGAUGCGGACUCUGAAGAGGAAGGUCGAUAUGGUCAAAGCAGUGAGCUGCCAAUCAGAGUGGUUGUGAGGAAGCAUUCUGCACCUCGGAGGCUUCAUGCGCUACCACAGAGGCAUGCGCCUAAACCUUCAUAUAAAAAAGGCCAGUAUAAAGAGCUCUCAGAUCCAGUUGAUCAGGAAGAAGUACACAGCCUCUAUAAGCAAGACCAAGAUCCAGGUGACGGGGAGAUUGUGGAGAUAACUGGCAAUGAGCUGCAAUGCAGAACGUGCCAUGACAGAUUCUGCAGAGAAGACAUGACCACAUCAGACCAAAGCAGGUGGGGGGAAGGUGACGUGAUUUCCAGGAGGAGACAGUCGACCCUUCUUCAAAGACGAGAGAGGAGUGCUCAACGGAAAGUGAUGUACCACAGGAUACGAGAUGAAGGAAUAGAAGAUGAUGAGCUACCAACUUUACACUGGGACAGAGGUUCUACAGUCAGAGGAGAACCAAGAUGUUGAUGUCGCAUCACUGACUUCUGAACAAUUUUGAGCUGU